AUGGUGCCUGCGCCUGGACUUGGGCGUUUGAGACGGGCAUCGCGAGGCCACGGCUGCUUCGAUCCCCAGAGCACCGUCACCACGCAGCCCACGGAGGCCCAGGAGCCAGCCUCCAUUGACAAGCUGGCAGCCUCCACCGCCGACCCUUCGAGCAUCCCUCGGCCCCUCUCCAGGACCAGCAAGAACAACAACAACAACAACAAAGGGGCGGCGGGGAAGCCAGCCGACGACAACACCAAGGGGGACCACGCCUCGAGGACGACCUUGGCUCUGGCCACCACUGAGUCUGGCAGGUAUGUGGGUACAAGGCCCCUCAGAUCUAACCGCUCCCCGACCCCGACGCUCCACAGGAUCCCCUCGAAAGAUCAGAAAAAUAACGCCAGCAACGGGCGACCCAGCAAGCACCUCCCCGCCGUGCGCACCUCCCCCACGUCCCCGCAGGACAACAACAACCAGGACGUGAGUGUGUCUACGCGGCCCGCUACUCGGGCCAGGGGUCCGACGGCUCUGCCAAGACACAAUCAUGUUAAUCAGAGGAUGAAUGAAUUGAACGUCUCUAACCAGAGAAGGCUACUGAGGCAGGAUCUGUCGUCUGAAGAGAAACAACUACGCAGUCCAACGCGAAUCCCUUCCGCCAAAACCGACAAAGAGUUCGGUCUAAAUUCCAUGGCUCCCAAAACUCGUAUUUACGAGAAUCUGACUUUCGCGCCGAGAACAGAAAAGGAUGAGAUUGUGUACGAGAACCUAAGGUUUCCGCGGAGAAAUAUUGCUGCCGCUGCUGAGCUCCCGGGGGGCGAUGACGUCACGGACGGCGAUGAAAGCUCAUCUGCAGACUCCGUGACCUCCGAGCCUCCUCACGACUCGGCGGAGAGCACGGUGUGGCUCUCGGACUCCUGGAAAUCGGAAAAAGACAACAGAAGCAGCGUGGAGAGCGCAAUAAAACCCUCUCAGCCGUCGGGUAAGGCAGUAAAGCCUGACAAUAAACGAACGCACAAGCACCCACACGGACCCAAGAGCCCUGCGAAUGUACACAAAAGUAAGAUGCCGAAACCCCCAACAAGGAACUCUUCCGUCGCAGUGGGUGGAGCUCGAAGCAGAGACACGAGCCCCUUCUCGUCGGAUUCGGAGGGCGGCGCGAGCAGAAGUCCUGUCAAGGCCGAGGCCCAGAGGAGCGCGGUCAGCACUCGGCCCGCGGAUCCUCCAUCCGGGCCGGGAUCUCGUAGGACGAGCAUCGCGUCUGACACUUCGUCGUCCUUGUCUCCGCUAGCGUCUCCGAGCCCCUCCUUGCGAUCUCUACAGGAACACCGUCAAGGCCACCAUCCCUCAGCAUCCCCAAGUCCCUCCCUACGAUCUUUACAGGAGCCUGCACGUCAGAGAGGCUCCCCCGGGACACCCCCAAGCCUGUCGUUACGAUCUCUGCAAAAACACCGCCAAGGGAGAUCUACGCCGUCGUCUCCGACCUUUUCCUUGCGGUCUCUCCAGGAAGGCUACCAGAGUCGCUCUCCUUCGGCCUCUCCGAGUCCCUCCUUGCGAUCUCUUCCAGAAGGCCAAGGAACCGCGACCUUGGACCGUCGUCAGCGAUCGUCUCCGGCCGGCAUCCACGCCGUUGGCGAAUCUUACCCCAGAACUCAAGAUAGAAAUUCGUACAUGAAGUCAUUCACUUCCAACAGACAUGAUCAAACAGACGCCCGACGUGGGGAAUCGCUGGAAAGAUUACCUCGCCUUGGGAAAAGGUCUGUUGGCGCUGCAGGCGCUGCCUCUCCCGGAAGAGGACCUCGCCGUCUGCCCAUCCUGGAAAGCGAUGAAGACCACCAACAGACUUCUAACCGCUUCGACCUUGAAGACGGAACUCACAGUCCGCAACAGACACUUUCUCGCACUUCCGACACGGAGCGGGUUCUCUGUGACUCCGGGGGCCCUCGCAGCUCUUCCAGACAUGUGUCUAGGCACGACAUGAGGAGAAGAAGCCUCCAGGCCGGAGCAUUGAUGCCACCACUCCAACACUCGGCCUGGAAUCCGCAAGAACGCCCAGGUGGGUUUGGUACUCGAUGA